CUCAGACUUCCUGUCCCUUACUCUUGCAAUAAGCCAUCGAAAUAUCGAUAGAAACCUCGACCGAACUUGAUACGCAGACGAGCAUUUAUUGCCAACAAUGACAACCCAGGUUGACAUUAGAGGCAAUAUCGCUCAGGCCGAGGCCAUCCAAGUCAAUUCCGUCAAUCUCACCACAGUUCAUACUCUUGCAGAAGUUGAUCAGCUAUGCCUUCGCACUCUACGAUGCGCCAAUGCACUGGUUGUCAAAAAUAAGCUGAAAGAGAACAAGGACAAGCUACUCUAUGAUUUGAUUGCAUGGGUCUUUCAAGACCGACAGUAUUUAAGCUGGCAAGAUGGAGAAAAAAUCUCUCUACUCUGGAUCAAGGGUGGUGCUGGACGAGGGAAAACCAUGAUAUCGAUCGGCCUGGUCGAUCGGCUUCUACGCCGACAAAAUGAUUCAACUAUGGUCGCUUAUUUCUUCUGUCAAAAUGCGAACUAUGAGCUCAAUACUCUCGAGUCAGUAAUCAAAGGCUUGAUUCAGCAGUUGGUCUUCAAGCAACAGGGACUUCAAAUAGCUCUGCGACGCCGCUGGGACUGUUUGAAAAAUCGCUUCGAAGAGGACACUACUUCGUGGCGAGUGCUUUGGGACAUUCUGUUGGAGAUGUUAGAGGGCUGUACGUGUCAAAGAGUAUAUAUUAUCGUGGAUGCUCUUGAUGAGUGUCGUGAUGAUGACAAAACGGAUUUCCUAAAGCUCAUUGUCCGAACGGGCCUUCACAACCCCGCGAAGAUUAAAUGGCUAUUGACAAGUCGACCAUUACACAGCGCUGACAGAGAACUUUUAACUGGGAAUGACCAAGCACAAGUCAGCUUAGAACUCAACUUGCAACAUAUUUCGGAAGCAGUGAAGACUUAUGUCGCUUUCAAAGUGGCUGAACUCGAUCGUCGCCACAAUUACGGCAAAGAACUGCGACGAAAGCUAGAGGCAGUACUGAAUGAAAAAGCGGAAUCUACUUAUUUGUGGGUCAGUUUGGUGUGUAAAAAUCUUGAGGGUGUACACCGAGAUGAUGCUCUCUCUACAAUCCAAGAAAUGCCACCGGGCUUGCCUUCGUUGUAUCACAGGUCAUGCACUCAACUUCGCAACAGAGAAUCAGUCGACGCGAAGAAUUGUAUCCGACUACUGAAAGUGAUGAUGCUGGCUUAUCGGCCUCUACACUCGAGCGAAGUGGGAAGUGUCACCGGUAUAACCGACAGUGUCUUGCGGAUUGAUGCACUAGUUGACAAAUGUGCAUCUUUAAUCAACAUGCGAGGAACCAUCAUCGACUUUGUCCAUCAAUCUGCUCGAGAUUACCUGUCAAGCGGUGACGGAAAAGCUUUACUAGACUCGCAUGAGGACUACGGAAACGGCCAUGUUGCUUUGAGCUGCUUGUUCUUUCUAUCUGCAGAGCUCCGUUUCAAUAUUUGUGAGCUCCCGAGGCUUGAUUCGACUGGGAAAUUGACGGAAGAGAUGAAAGAUCCAAAGGAAUGUGCUUUAUUGGCCAGUAUGGAAUACGCAGCCACAUUCUGGGCACAACACCUUGAGGGUGAUUCGAACACUUUGCUGGUGCAGAAUGCGCUUACUGAGCGCGGCGAGGUCAGUCGAUUUCUACAGGCCAAAUUCCUGGAGUGGUUGGAAUGUCUCAGCCUGUUAGACAAGCAGGAGAUGGCUAUAGAAGUGCUCAAAACGAUGUCAAGGGUAGCAGAGUCAGCGCCUUUCGUAUCAACCUUUGUACAGGAUGCCACACACUUUUUAGUAAGACACUACCAUACAAUUGCAAAUUGGCCACUGCAGAUAUACAGCUCUGCGACCGUUUUUAGUCCUGAGAGGAGCAUUGUGAAGAGGGAAAAUUUGGAUAAGCUUCCGAAGUGGCUGAAACAGAUUCCUCGGAUGGACAAUGACUGGUCAUCUGUGAUACAUAGCAUGGGAGGCCACUCGGAUAAGGUUAAAGCUGUGGCAUUUUCACCAAGCGGUAAACGCAUUGCUUCAGGGUCGCAUGAUGAAACAAUCAAGAUAUGGGACGCCAGAACCGGAGAUCUUGAGAAAACAUUAGCAGGCCACUCAGAUUGGGUUUAUGCGGUGGCUUUUUCACCAGAUGGCAAGCAUAUUGUGUCAGGGUCAGACGACAACACUAUAAAAUUCUGGGAAAUCGCGACCGGAAAGCUUCUAAAGACCUUAACGGGCCACUCAGAUUGUGUCAGUACCGUGGUGUUUUCACCAGAUGGCAAACAUAUCGCGUCAGGGUCGCAUGACGGCACCAUAAAGCUAUGGGAUACCAAGACCAGAAACCUCUCAAAGACCCUAGCUGGCCACUCAGGUAGAGUUAAUUCCGUGGCAUUUUCACUAGAUUGCAAGCAUAUCGCGUCAGGGUCUGCAGAUAACACUAUCAAACUCUGGGAUACCGUGAGUGGAGCACUCAAGAAAACAUUGGCAUGCCACUCAGAUUGGGUUAAUGCUGUGGCAUUUUCACCAGAUGGUAAGCAUAUCGCGUCAGGGUCAGGCGAUAACACUAUCAAAAUCUGGGAUAUUGCGACCGGAAAUCUUUGGAAGAUCAUUGAUAGCCACUCAGAUUGUGUUAAUACCGUGGCCUUUUCACCAGAUGGCAAGCAUAUUGUGUCAGGGUCAGACGACAACACAGUUAGGCUGUGGGAUGCUGCGACUACAUCACUUCAGAAGACACUAGUAGGCCACUCAGAUUGGGUUAAUGCGGUGGCUUUUUCACCAGAUGGCAAUCAUCUUGUGUCAGGGUCAAACGACAACACUAUUAAACUCUGGGAUACCAUGAUUAGGGGCCUUCAUAAGACGCAAGUAGGCCAUUCGGAUUACGUUACAACCCUAUCCCUUUCGCCCGAUGCGAGAUAUGUGGCGUCGGGUUCGCACGAUAGCUCUGUCAAACUGUGGGAUGCCAGAAGCGGUGCUCUUCAGAAAACCUUUGCAGGUCACUUAGAUGCUUUAAAUGCCGUGGAUUUUUCACCAGAUGGCAUGCAUAUUGCGUCAGCGUCAAACGACAGCACCAUUAGAUUAUGGGAAUCUGUGACCGGAGCACUUGAGAAAACAUUAGCAGGCCACUCAGAUUGGGUUAAUGCGGUGGCUUUUUCACCAGAUGGCAAGCAUAUUGUGUCAGGGUCAGACGACAACACUAUAAAAUUCUGGGAAGUCGCGACCGGAAAGCUUCUAAAGACCUUAACGGGCCACUCAGAUUGUGUCAGUACCGUGGUGUUUUCACCAGAUGGCAAACAGAUCGCUUCAGGGUCUGCAGAUAACACUAUCAAAAUCUGGGAUAUUGCGACCGGAAAUCUUUGGAAGACCAUUGAUAGCCACUCAGAUUGUGUUAAUACCGUGGCCUUUUCACCAGAUGGCAAGCAUAUCGCUUCAGGGUCUGGCGAUGACACAGUUAGGCUAAGGCAAUAG